AUGAACCAACACCAUUCUCUCUUACUUAAGAGACAGCUACGGCAGAACAAUAAAGACCAACCGCGAAAAAAACGCGGCAGAAAAGUUCCAGAGAUUCUGGAGAGCAUCGCUGUUGAUGAUGACUCGUCCGAUAGCUCUGAUGAUCUAGAGGACGUUGAUAUUGGGGGAGGUGACGCGGAUUUGGCUGCGACUGACGCAUCUAGCAUUGAAAGGUUCAGGAAACAGCAUGACGUGAACGUUAAUGGGACCAAUCAAGGGAAGGAGGCAUAUAAGAAGGAGAAAGAAGACGAAAAUGACGAUGAUGAUGAUUUGGACGAAGAAAGCGACGAAGACGACGAUUUUGAUGAUCUUGAAGACGUGGAUUUGGACGUGAUCUUCAACAAACCUCCCCCGGAGUCAGAGACACUAACGAUCAACAUCAACCAAAAGGAAGACCAGCCAGAAAAGAAAAAGACAAAGCGUUUCGUUCCGGUGCCUAAAGCCGAACGUCAUCGUCGUAAACUUGUCCACCAGCUCUAUUUAGAAACCAUGAUGGCUCACGGAGUGGUGAGAAACCAAUGGUGCAAUGACAAGGAACUUCAGAGCGAGCUACGGCAGAAAAUCCCGCCUGACGUUUUUGAAUUUCUUCGUCUGACUAACCUGGAUGUUCUAGAUUACGUCAAGGCUCGACGGUUCAUCGAAGCCAUCCGAAAAGCUGCGGCCUUCUACCAUCGCAAAUUUAGAGUCUCCUCGCAGGGUUUGGUAAGAAAGGACUGGGAAAAAAUGCUGCAGAAACAAGAAGGAACAGAUGGAGUAGUUACAUUGAAUCGAUUUCGUCGUCUCGUUAAGAAUUUCCGGGGUUCGAGAGACAUUGCUGCCCAAGGGUUUGUUGCUCUUCUCAGAUCGAUGGGUGUAACUGCUCGAUUAGUAUUCUCUCUCCAACCACCUGACUACCGCUCAAUCGUGCCUGUGGGUGCAAGCAAGGAGGAUGAGAAACAGGAGAAAGAGGAAGACACGAGGGCCAAAACGAAAAAGUCCGAAUUCGACCCUGUGUUCAUUCCCAAUCUGAAAAGAGAUUUCCUUAGGAGCGCACGCAGUUCUAAAGAACAGAAAGAGAAUAGGAGAAAGGCUACUUUUCCCACAUCACAGUAUCCUAUUUUCUGGACAGAGGUGUGGAACAAAUUCUCGAAGAAAUGGAUCACCGUUGAUCCAAUCGUGCUUAAUGUCGUAGAAAUAAUGCCGAUGCGUCGAAGGUGUAAAUUUGAGCCACCAGCCACAGAAUCCACUAACCAAACUUGGUAUGUGAUUGCUUACGAUAACAAGCGAAAUGUCAAAGAUGUCACUCGGCGUUACACCCAGUACUACAAUGCCAAAACCGUGAAAAAGCGCAUCGAGUUUGCUUCGGACGAGGACGAACAUUGGUAUCUCCAACUACUCCGUUCGGCCCGACCAGAACGAACCAUCCCUACCGAGGCUGAAAUCUUAGAGACAAAGGAAUUUUACGAUCGAGAUAUCUGUGAAGGUAUACCCAAUAAUAUGACAGACUUCAAGAACCAUCCAGUUUAUGCGUUGGAGUCACAGUUACGGCAGGAUGAAGUCAUCUACCCUAACGAUGAAACCAGCAAGUGUGGAACCUUUAAACCCAUGAACAAGAAUACCACCAUGACAGUUUUCAAACGGUCACAUGUAUUUAGAUUGAGGACACCAAAGGCCUGGCACAUGAGAGGCCGAGUGUUGAAGGUUGGAGUUCAGCCUUUGAAAACUAAGACCGUGAACCGUAUUUCCUUUGAUGACGACGGAGACGAUGAUGGGAUUGAACGGUUAUAUGCUGAGUUCCAGACCGAGAUGUACAAGGCACCUCCAAUUGUGGAUGGAAAGAUAACCAAGAAUGCCUAUGGAAACUUAGAAAUCUACACUCCGACCAUGAUGCCCGAGAAUGGAUACUUGGUGAAAAUGACAGAUACCAUCACUAUGAAGAUGUUGGAGAAGGCUGCACGAGACAUUUUACGGAUUGAUUACGCCAAAGCAAUUGUUGCGUUUGAUUUUGGAGGCAGCAAGAAGAACCGAACUCCCACUGCCAGAGAAGGAGGAAUUGUUAUCGACAAACAAUUUCAAGAGGCAAUGGAGUUAGUGGUGGAGCAUCUUUUGGAUAUGGCAGAGGAGGAGAAGAGAAGACAAGUAGAGCUUAAUGCUUUACGCAGCUGGAAGUUUUUCAUGAAGAAAUUGGAGAUUAUGAACAGACUCGAUAGGCAGCACGGAAAGCUCGACGAAGAGGAAGAGGAAAACAAAGAAAACUUGAAGGAGGAGAGAGAGGAGGAAAUGUCAAGAGACGAGGAGGAUGGAUAUUUCAGCGUUGCAAGUGAUGGUGAAAGUUCGACAGAGGAAAAUUAUGUGCCUAGAAAAAGGCGGAGAUUUGUUGAGGAGGAUGAAUUUGAAGAAGGUGGGUUUAUGUUGGGAGAUGGAGGAUUUGAGAUGCCAAAUAAAGAAGAGCUCUCCGAAGAAACUUUUGAAGUAAAAGAUGAACAGGAUAAUGAGGAUGGUGGAUUCUUACAUGAAGCACAAGAAGUAGACCAGCUCUACGACGAUUCAGAAGGAGGUUUCGUACAAGAUGUAGGAUUAAUGGAGGAGGAGAAAGUUGGAGACUUCAAAGAAGAAGGAGGAUAUUUUGAAGAAGAUGCAGAAGGUGGAUUCUUUUCGGAAGUCUCAAAAACAUUUCUAGGAGAAACUUCAGAUACAUUUUCACAAGAACCUUCGGAUGCAUUUUCACAAGAUAAUCGGAAAAAUUUGGCAGAUGACACUGACACCCUACAUGAUAUCGCCUCAAACAAAUUGACAUCCAAAGAUUCGCUAAAAUUUGGCUCUGACACUGAAAGCUCUUUCACUUCUAAACCUGUCUCAUUGGCUCAUUCGGUGGAAGGGAGCUCCUCAGAGUGUGAAACCCAGAUUCUGGACAGGGCGAAUUCACAAUCGCCGUCUCCUGAUGCUGACAUAUCACCAACACUUGAUUCUGACAAAUCACCAACACUUGAUUCUGACAAAUCAUCAAAGAGUGUUCUCUAUCAGGAUAAUCUUUCCCCGUCAAUGCCAAGUGGUUUUGACAAUUUUGCAACAAUGUAUUCCUGUGCGGAUCCACAUGCCGAAUCUGAUGGCACGGCUGCAGGAGCAUUAGAAACCCGAGAAUCUCCAGGGUGCCACAAGCACCUGGGGACUUCCGUGGAAAAAACGGUGCAACCACAAUUGGUUGAGGAAAUUGACUCGGAUGAGCCAAUCACUAAAGGUGCGGAGACGCACAGAGAAGUUUACAAUAUCUCCAGUGAAGAGAGCGUAAUCGAGAUCUCAGAUAUGAGCGACAUUGAGAAAGAGGAGGAGGAAUUGGGGCUUGUCUACAGCGACUCGGAGUAA